UUAUCAGUCACCGCAAUGGAUCGCUCGACCACGCAAUUCGAUAAAUACACCAAAAUUUGGAGUGGACCAAGGCCAGCCAGUUUCUUCGAUGUGGACUGUUCGAUUGGUAAAAUUCUUUUUGCCUUUAUGCGGAAUCAUCCGAACAGCAUAUGUCAGAUUUCCGAUACGGAAGGCACAGCCCUAACCAAUGGCGAAGCUAUCACCUUUGCCAUUCGCAUUGCCCAGCAACUGAAGGCUAUGGGUCUGAAACAGGAUGAUGUGGUGGGCAUCAUGGGGACCAACACUACCUACCUCAUGCCAGUGUUAUUGGGAUGUCUGCUGAAUGGAACACCCUUCCAUGCGGUUAGUCCCUGGCAAGACGAGGGUACCAUAAAGCAUCUGUUCUCCAUCACCAGGCCAAAGCUAAUCUUCUGCGACGGAAAAUGCUUCCAGCGACUGAGCAUCAUAGCCAGGAUACUUAAGAGCCAUGUCUACACGCUCAAGGAUCAUCGACUGGGCAUGCCGCGAGUCGAGGAUUUGCUGGAGCCAACUAGAGCUGAGCUGUACUAUGUACCCGAAACACUUCUACUGGGAGGUGAUCAUACAGUCGCUAUUCUCUGCACUUCGGGAACUACUGGUCCUCCAAAGGCCGUUUGCAUAAGCAACUCAGCGUGUCUUUUUGAUUUCGGCUUUGUCACAGGCCAGGAUGUGCUGCUCUCCUUCAGCACCAUCGACUGGUCAGCGGGUAUGUUCAACAUGCUCUUCAGUUGCUGCCAUGGCUCUACACGGAUAAUCCCGGACCGGCCAUAUACGCCGGAAUAUAUGAUCCAGCUGGUGGAGAAGUACAAGGUGACCUUGUUGACAGUGGUGCCGCAGCAGGUGGCCUCCCUGUUGAAGAGCCCAAAAACCAGUGCUCAAAAACUGAGAAGCAUCAAGCAUCUGCUCUUUGCUGGAGGUCAUUGUUUGGUGGCAACCUUAAAGAAGAUGCAGUCCUUCCUGCACGGAUCGGGUAUCCUAAGAAAUGCCUAUGGCUUGACCGAGGUGGGAACAAUGGUUUCCUAUAACUACGACACCCAAUCCAAGCCCACAUCUGUGGGCCGCCUAAUGGCAAACAUUCGAGUGAAAAUUGUUGACUCCUCGGGGGAGUUGCAAGGUCCUAAAGGAUUGGGUGAGAUCCUCUGUCACAAUGGGCAACCCUGGAGCGGUUAUGUGGGAAAUCCCCAAGCCACCGCCGAGAUGAGAGAUUCAGCGGGGUGGUACCAUACUGGAGACGUUGGAUACUUCGAUGAGGAUCACCACCUGCACAUCGUGGAGCGCAAGAAGGACAUGCUCAAAUACCUGGGCAUGAUGUACUAUCCCCACGAAGUGGAGGAAGUAAUCGGCCAGAUGCCAGACGUGGCAGAGGUUUGUGUUUUUGGGAUCUUUCGGGAGACGGAAGGCGAUGCCGCCGCUGCAUCUGUAGUCCUGCGAUCCGGCAGCAAACUAGAUCCCAAGCACGUGGAGCAGUAUGUGCGGAAAAACGUAUCCGUGCAGUUUAAGCAUCUCCACGGCGGCGUUCAGUUUGUUCCACAGCUGGCGAAGAGCGCCAACGGAAAGGUCAAUCGACAGGCCGUGAAGGCGGCCUACUUGAGAGAUGCUACCCAGUCCUAAGUUCAAUUUAUAAUCACAAUCAACAAUUAGUAAGCAAAACCCAUGAUGAAGCAACCUUGGACUUCCUUAGCACAUUAGAAUGUAGAAACCUACUAUUAAACGUUAAUUACCUACCUACUAUUAUAUAACGUUAAUUAUUAAAUUAACGUUAUAUAAUUUAAGUAGAAGGUUUAAUUACGUUAAUAGUUAUUAUAUGAGAUAAUAAAACAAAUACGUUUUUGAGGCAGA